AUGACGAACAGCGAGGCGCGUAUCGAAGCCGCCGAGGCAUUUCUCGACGGUGAGGCCAAGUCGCGCUACGCGGACGCGCCCUCUCUGGACGAUGACGGCGAGGUGUCGUGGGGUCCGUUUAUCGUCUGCUCGUGCAUGUCGCCCAAGGACUAUGAGUGGUGGUUUACCUCCAACGAAGGGUACUUGCCCCGUCUCUGCUACGAGCCCUUGGCUGGCCACGUGACGCUGGGGCGGCUUGUCGUGUACAACGACCGCACCUUCCUGCACGAGCAUACGCGCACGAUCGUGGCGAUGCUUGAGCGGCAGCUCCAGGACUUGGCGGGCGGGCAACCGCUGGCCAACUUGGAGCUCCUCAAGUGCGACAACUCGUUGUUACAGCUCGACGACCGCUUGGCCGUACCCACGGAGGGCUUGACACCAAUGACGCUGGCCAACAAUAUUACCGAAGCGACGCGGAACCGAGGCUUUGACUAUCCGUUUCUUUCGUGCUUGAAGUCGCGUGCAAGAACGAAAGCCUGCGCGAUUUGCGCGCCAAGCUAG